AUGGAUGAUGAUCAACAGCCAUGCUCGUCGAGGGAUAUGACGGCCGAAAAAGAGAAGAGAAAAGAGGAAACUGUUAUACUAGAUAAGAAUUUGUCGGACUGCGCUAAGAAGUACAAUCUGAGCAAGAUGAAUGUCAAGGAUAUUAUUCAGGUAAUGCCUGGUCGAUUUAGCAAUAGAUCAGGGAGAAAAAAACGAGGAAAGUAAAAAAAAAUUUUUGGGAGUUUUUGGAGUCGGAGUUGGACGAUCUGGGGAAACCGAAAAGUAUUAUUUUUCUUGAGCAUUUUUGUAUUCCAAGAUAUACAAAAAUAUACCAAGACAUACAAAAUCCGCAAGAUUUGCUCAAAUUUUUAUAUUAUCCGUGAUGAUUGAUAAAAAUUUGAUUUUUUUUGCCGCAGAAUUUUACCAGUUCGUUGAUUUUAGUCUCAAACAUAACAGUAACAAGUCUUACAUAGCAAAAACUCUAUAUAACAAACAAAUACCGCAAACGCCAUCCAAUUUUUUGUACAACAUGACUCCCUGCCAAGAUCUACUCCAAAGAAACUGGGACGAUUGGGGAAAGUAUUGUUUUUCUUCGAUGCAAGUGUCGAAUUAGGAUAAUCGAGGGUGCUGAUUUCGAAAAUGACAUUCAUUUUUUUGAUCUUUACUUUUUUCUUUAAGUAGUACUGUAAAGUAGUAAUUUUUUGAUUUUUUUCAUUAAUACUCGAUUUGGGGGUUUUCAAUGGUGCUGAUUUCGAAAAUCUUAUUCAUUUUUUUUUUCUGUUUUGAAAGCAGCACCAUCGAAAACCCCUAAAUCGAGUAUUCAUGAAAAAAAAUCAAAAAAUUACUGCUUUACAGUACUACUUAAAGAAAAAAGUAAGGAUGAAAAAAUAUAUAUAAAUGAAUGUCAUUUUCGAAAUCACCACCCUCGAUUAUCCUAAUUCGACACUUGCAUCGAAGAAAAAUAUUGCUUUUCGGUUUCCCCAAUCGUCCCAGUUCCUUUGGAGUUGAUCUUGGCGGGAGUCAUGUUGGACAAAAAAUUGGAAGGCGAUUGUGGUAUUUGUUUGUUAUAAAGAGUUUUUGUUAUGUAAAAGACUUUUUAUUGUUAUGUUUUGGACUAAAAUCAAUGGUCUGGUAAAGUUUUGCGACAAAAAACGUCAAAUUUUUAUUAAUCAUCAUGGAUAAUAUAGAAAUUUGGGCAAAACUUGUGCAUUUUUUUAUAUCUUGGCAAAAAUUAGAGAAUAUAUAAAUUUUCAAGUCUUUUUUGACAAUUUGAUCUUCAGAGCAUCUGCAAAGACCCGAACAUUUUGGCGUCGCUUCUCAAAGAAGAUCCGGAUGCCCUGGAGAACUUGAGAUUGACCAGAUCCCGCCUAAAAGAGCUGGAAACCUCGACCCAACUCAAAUUCGAGUUCCUCAAGUUCAAACCGUUGGAUGUGCGGCCGGAGGAGUGGGUGGACGACGAGGAAGAGGAGAGCUCCGACGAUUAUCAGCCGGAAGGAGAAGAUGAUGAUGAUGAAGAUUUUAAUGAUGAAGAGGAGGAAGAUGGCGUGGAAGAGGAGGCAAAUGAGGAGAGCAAUGAUGUGGUAGGCUUUUUGGGGAGUUGGACUUAUUUUUUUGAGGGAUUUUAUAUUGUUUUAGAUAUUAGACUUGAUGAAUUUUCGAAUUUUUGUUAGAGCUCGCGGGAGAGUUGUCGGAUCUGAAUGAAACUUGGAGACAAUGAAGAUUAAAGGUUUCUGCAGAACUGUUAGCGAUUUAAGACCGAGAUAUACGAUAUUCAUUGUGUUAUGGACCUUUAAAAUGAGAUUUUUUCGAAAUUUUCGUCUUUUUUGAAAUUUUCAAAUUUCAGGAGGCAGAAGACGUCCAAGCCUUGGAGAGCACGGCGAAUGGCGCUUUCUACUUCGACGUGGACCCUAUGCUGAUCUCCACCAAGCCCCCAGAGUACGUAGAUUUUCUCAAGGGCUGUUUCAAAGAGACCGAGUCCAACGAUGCGGAGGAAGAAGAUAUGGACCCGGAUUUUGAUGAGAAUUUCCUAAACGAAGACGAUGACUUCUUCGAACGCUAUGGGAGAACGUCGAGAAUACCCGAGGAUGAGGUGGAUUUGCUCUAUCGCGACGCCUACGACGAAAGUGACGUCACUUUAAUGGAUCUGGAUGUUCCAUUGGCCAUAACUCCUUGCAAAGACAUGAUGACGGAAGAGGAGAGGACUGAAAGCAAUGUAAGUGGGGUCUGGAAGGAGUGAGAGUUAAGUUUGAAGUGAUUUUGAAAAUUUUUUUUCGGGAUUUUGAAAAAUUUUUGCAAUUUUUGCGAAAAUUUUGGUUUUUUUUUUGAUUUUUUUGUGGGUUAUUGUGGAAUAAUCGAAUUGAAGAUGGUGGAAAUGUGGCGUGGAAGAAAAAUUGAUCAAUAUGGACUUGAUUUUUCUCCAUUUUUGAUACUUUUUCAUCAAAAAACAUCAAAAAUUUGCGAUUUUUCCCCCGAUUUUCGAAUUUUUUGAGAUUUUUUUUUGAUUUUCACUUUUUAAAUUGAAAAAUAAAUAAGAUUGAAUAUUUCAGACACACUCUUCACCCAUUAGACCUCUCUCUCGCACCAAAAUCACCACUCCGAAACCCUCCCCUAAGGCAGUGUUACCUAAAACAAAGAAGCCUCCAAUUGUGAUCAAGGACUCGUCGAAAAAGUCGUGGUCGCUUCUGAAACGCCACUCGGAACUGGCACAGUUCACGGCAGAGGAAAUUCAGGCAUUGAAAGUGCAGUUUGAACAGGUAAUCCGGGGUUUUGAGGAUUUUUAGGUAAUAUUUUGGAUUUUUUGGGAUUUUUAAAAUUUUUUUUGAAAGUAUAGGGAGUGAAAAUAAGUUUAAAUUGAAUUUGAAGUCAAUUUAUGACCUCAGGCUUUGAAUCCACCUGAUUUUUUUGUCCUUGAACGAUGAAUUUUGAGAUUUUUUGAAAUUUUUUGGAUUUUUUUGAAAUUUUUUGAAUUUUUGUCAAAAUAAGGGCUUCAAAAAUUUCUCAUGGACGUAUUUUACAUUUUUUUUUAUAAUUUUACACCUAGAAAUUGGUUUUCAGCACCUCCAAUUGAUCACUCAAGUGGCCCUUUUGACCAAGGAUGAGCCUCGAUUUGUGAAGCAAAGAAACACCUCAAUGCGAAUGUUGGUAAGAAAAAUUUGAUAUUUAUAAAUUUUAUGCAACAUUCUGGACUGGUUUCUAUGAUUUGGAAAAGGAUUUGGGAAUUUUGAAAACUUUUUUGCCAUGGAUAAUAUCGGUGAUGGAGAAGAUAAAUUUUGAUGAGUUUUGGAUGGAAAAAUGUAGAAGAGUAGUUUUCAUGAGCUGCUGGAUGGGUUGGAACAAAAGAUUUGGAAAAAAGAAGGCAAUUUUGUCGAGUUUUUGGAUAUUAUCCAUCAUGGAUAAUAUAAAAAGUUCUCACAUUUUGCCGGAAAGUUUUUGAGAAUGAUUUAUUUUAGGCUUUUAUAGAUCUUAUGUGAAGUUUGAGGGGAUUUGAAUGUGGUUUGGGGAAAUUUUUUUUUGUUAGCCAUCAUGGAUAAUAUAAAAAGUUCUCAAUUUUUGCCGGAAAGUUUUUGAAAAUGACUUAUUUUGGGCUUUUAUAGAUCUUAUGUGAAGUUUGAGAGGAUUUGAAUGUGUUUGGGAAAAAAAUUUUUUGUUGUCCAUCAUGGAUAAUAUAAAAAUUUUGUUUUUUUUUCAAAAAGCUUGGUUGAUUAUUAUUGGAUUGAUGUCUAGAAUCAUUUUUUUAUGCUAAAAAAUACACUUUUCAGUACGAACUGGACCAGAAACAGCUGUCCGCCCCACCCAAUUCGAUAUAUCUUCAAGUUUCGAAUAUAGAAUCCGCCAUAAACAGUGUGAACGAAAUCGAAACCUUUGACGAAAACCUCUACGAUAAGUCGCUGUGCUCGCAAAUACGCGAUAAGCUCGCCAUGACUCAAUUUAACCUACCUUCGACACUAGUCUUGGCCAAUUCUUUGGCCAUAAAAUUCCCGAAUUUGUUGCCUCAAAAUGGCCCCCAAACGAAGCCGAAUUGCUCCUCGAGUGGCCAUUUCCUCCCCUCCGAGCAAUUCCUCCUCGCUCUGGCCAUCUUCGAGAUGGCCCAUGUGCCCCAUUCGACCGGUGGAAGCAGCCAAAAAGUCUCGAAAUAUCAGCAAAUUUCCGACUCAUUUCUACCCAAUAAAACCUCAACUCAGAUCAGAAAUUAUAUGAAGAAUAUUCGAAUCGGAACCCUCAAGAACCCACUUCAUCAAAUGGCCGUAAACGCCGAGAAUGGCAUCUGGAAUGUGGAGUUUGUCUUCGAUAAUGGAGAGAACGCCCGCACCGACAGACCCCUCGAUUGGCCAAUGGAGGUCAAAAACACACCGUAUUGGCUGAGAGUAGGGAUUUUUUUGGGGAAUUUUGAAGGAAUUUUUUGGUAAGGGGGGACCAAGGCUAUUUUUUCGGAAAAAAAUUAUUUUUUUUGGAAAGUAUUUAUUUUAAGCACACCGUAUUGGCUGAGAGUAAGAUUUUUUGGGGAAUCUUUGGCGAUUUUUGGAGAAUUUUUGGGAUUUUCUGAAGGAAUUUUUUGGAAAAUUUUGGUAAGGGGGGACCAAGGCAAAUUUUUUGGAAAAAGGUGAAUUUUUUUUGGAAAGUGUUGAUUUUUCUGGAGGAAAAAUAGUGGAUUAGGAGUAUCAAAAGUGACCGUAUUGGCUGAGAGUAGGAAUUUUUUGGGGAAUCUUUGGCGAUUUUUUGAAGGAAUUUUCGGGAUUUUUUUGGAGAAUUUUUGGUAAGGGGGGACCAAGGCAAAUUUUUUUGGAAAAAGUGGGGUUUUUUUUUGGAAAAUAUUGAUUUUUUGGAGGAAAAGAGAUGAGGUUUGGAGAAAAAAGUAUCAAAAGCUAUAUAUGGUACCACCGUAUUGGCUGAGAGUAGAGAUUUUUGGGGAAUUUUUGGCGAUUUUUGAAGGAGUUUUGGGAUUUUUUGGGAAAUUUUUGGUAAGGGGGGACCAAGGAAAAUUUUUUGGAAAAAAAUGAUUUUUUUUUUGGAAUAAAUUUAUUUGUUCGACGAAAAGUAGUAGAUUUUGUAGUAUCAAAAGUUACCGUAUUGGCUGAGAGUGAGGAUUUUGUGUCGAGUUUUUGUGGGAAUUAUUUUUGGAAAUUUUUUGGUAAGGGGGGACCAAGGCAAAUUUUUCGGAAAAUGAAUUUUUUUCGGAAAAUUUUGGUUUUGCUGACUAAAAAUAGUUGAUUUAGCAUUUUCAAUGCGAAAAUUUUGAUUUUGAGAGAAAAGUAUCAAAAGUGAUCCAUGAUACUUUUUGAAGGUGUCAAAAGUUAUCCCAUCGGAAAUCUGGUUAAAAUUCAAAUUGAUCGUGAAUUCGUUUUGAUUUUUUUGAAGAGAACUCCAUAAAACCUCAAAAAGUAUCAUGGAUAACUUUUAAAAGUAUCAAAAGGUAUCAUGUUUAAAGUUGGUUUUUUUGUUUAAAAAUAAUUUUUUAUUCGCCAUUUACAAUUAUUUGAGUAAGAUUCUAAGUAUUUUUUUGCUUUUUUCAGGUGAUUCAGACCUUAUAUUCGACAAUUCCGUAUCAACCAGUACUCGAAAAUAAGGUCUACAACACGCUGAGAGUGAAAAUCGAGCUCGCCAAACAGCCGAUCAAAGACAAUUCGGCCUCAUUGCGCAGCAAAAGAGUGGUCCUUUCGAGGAAUGAGCAGCGGAUUUUGCGCGAACAAUUCCAAUGCCAUCUACAGCUGGUAUGUCAACAAGUAAUCGCCUGCCACGACGACCCCAACUUCAUUUCGGCGGCGAAUAAAAACACAUUAAUGCUUCAUGACCUGGACCGCCGAUUUGGCCAAAAACAAACGGGAUUCUUCGAUCAGGAACAGCUGAACGACGCGAUUUUGGCUUGCCAUCAGAUCAAGGUGGUGAAGAUGAAAAAUGAUGAGCAGAAGCUCAAAGAAGAGCUGGAAUGUAAGGAUUUGAGGUUGGAAUGAUAAUAGAGAGUUUUGAAUAGUAAUUGGCCAAGUUGGAGACUUGGCAAACGAUUUUUGACAGGUUGAAACAAGUUUUUUUCGAUGAACCUAAAGUAAGGUCGGAAAUGGAGAAAAAUUGGAUAGAAAAGAGAUAAAAAAGGUAGUUUGAGGAGAGGAAAAUAAAAUACAAGGUAGAAAAAUUGUUUAUCUUGAGGUUGAGGCGUUAAUUUGCUUUUUUGAAAGUCGAUUUUUUGAGAAUUUUCAUGUUUUUCGAUGGUUUUUUGAGGAAAAAUGAAAAAUUUUUGAAAAAUUGGAAAAAAAAUUUUUGAAGAAUUAAUUGUAGCUGUUAAUAGGAAAUUUUAAGUAGUGUGGAUAGAGUUUAGAUUAAAUUUGGAGGAGAAAUUUAGCUUUUUUUAAAUCGAAAAAAUUUCAAAAAAAUUUUUUUUGAAAAAUUUGAUUUUUUUUUGGUUUUUGAUGGAUAAAACAAGAUCCAUCUGCCUCAAAAAUGCAUGAUAUGGGGAUUUUAUUACAGUACACACCUUGGCGAACCAAAAAAAUGCGAAAAUUCUAUUACAGCGAGGGACCUGAUCCAGUGGCAAAAAACGUAGCAUUUUGCAUCCAGGAAGUAUCAAAAAAUGUGGCAAAAUACCUCGCUUUCCAAGUGGAAAAACUCCGAUUUCAAAAGCGCACCCGCUGUUUUUGUAAGGGAGCCUUCAAAAAGAGAUUUUUUGGUUGGAGAGGGAGGCAUUUUGCCACAUUUUUGAUACUUCCCCGAUGCAAAAUGGUACGUUUUUUGCCACUGGAUCAGGUCCGUCACUGUAAUAGAAUUUUUGUAAUUUUUUUGGUUCGCCAACGUGUGUACUGUAAUAAAAUCCCCCAUAUAAUGCAUUUUUGAGGCAGAUGGACCUUGUUUUAGACAUCAAAAACAAAAAAAAAAAUAAAAUUUUUCUAAAAAAAUUUUUUGAAAUUUUUUCGAUUUUUUAAAAAAAAACUAAAUUUUUUUUCUAAAUUUAAUCCAAACUCUAUCCACAUUACUUAAAAUUUCCUAUCAAUAGCUACCAUUAACUUUUCAAACAAAUUUUUUCCAAUUUUUUCAAAAAUUUUUCAUUUUUCCUCAAAAACGAUCGAAAAAACAUGAAAAUUCUCAAAAAAUCGACUUUGAAAAAAACAAAUUAACGCCUCAUCCUCAAGAUAACCAUUUUUUCUACCAUUCACCUAAUUUUCCCGGCCUGACACUACUUUUUUAUCUCCUUUCCAUCGACUUUUUCUCCAUUUCCGACCUUACUUUAGGUUCAUGGCCCAAAUUAAAGCGAAAUUUGCAGUUGUGGGAUGGAAACUCCCUCAGGCAAUGGUCCUGGCCAACUCCAAGGCCCUCAAAUUCCCCGACCUUUUGCCCGUCCACCUGCCGCGACGUCAUCCCCAAUCCGGCGUUUUUUUGCCAUCGGAAAAAAUGCUCCUUUCCCUUGGACUCUAUGCCCUAAAUCACUACCCAGAACCCAAAAAAUCGGAAUUCAACUUCAAAAAUAAGUACCUCAUCGACUUGUUCUUGCCCAACAAGUACAUGAACAGCAUCAAUUCCACCAUCAACCACGCCAGGAACAUGAAAAUCGAGGAAAGGUCCAUCUACGAGGACCUGCUGCUCAUGGCGAUGGAGGGAAAAUGGCUCGGAAAGGUGGAAUUUAAGCACGGCACCCCGAAAAGAGACCCACCCGUGUGCUGGGACAACAUCACAGUCCCACAUUGGCUGAAACUCAUGCAGAAAUACCGAAAGACAGCCGAAGGAACAAGGGAACAACAAAAAACACCAACAAUUUCAAGUGCAAUAUGUUUGGGGAGUCCGGAGAUCCAAAAAAUGGCCGAAGAUCUGGCGGGAAGUGGUCGGAAUCGAGAGAAUGGAGGGAAAAUUUUUGUGCUGGAACAAGAUUCGGACCAAACUGCCGCAGGGAAUUUGGGUAUAACCCGAGAAAUUGGAGCACCCCCCAUUGGUGGGCCUAAAAUAAUAUCGAUCGGAAAUACCCCUCAAAGCAGUGGAAACCCAAUUGUUUUGGUGGACAACACAGCCACACCUAUCAACUUUACCACUCCUAUCACAAGCCCUCCAAAUGUCAUCGCAAUCCCGCAAAUGACCACUCAAAGUGUACUGGUCCAAAUGCCCGACGGCACCUUUCAAUUGACCCAAAUUCCAGUCAUUCUGCAGGAAAAUUUGGGAAUUGUAAGUUUUUUUGAGCUCAGUAUACCUUACAGAAGGUUUUUUGUCAAAAAGUAUCCAAAAGUAUCCAUGAUACUUUUGAAAAGUAUCAAAAGGUAUCAUAAAAUUUUUGCAGAUUAUAUCUCAAAAUGAGGCUCAGAGUGUCCCAGCGGCCGUCCAGGCGCUACAAACAAUUGAUUUGACUCCAAUGAGAUCAAAUCAACAAGUUAUUAGCAGAAGGAACAGUGAUCUGCCAAGUACAAGUAAAGCGGCCCAAAUUGUUGGUCAAAUUGAGCAUGAAACACCGAGAAAUGGCGAUGAGGAAGAAAUAAUAGGCAUUACAGAGAAGCAGCAAGAAGAAGUUGUGGAUGUUGUGGGUAUUGAUGAAACUGUGAUACCAGAAGAUGAAGGAGAAGAUAAUUUUCCCUCAAAAGGACCGAAAAGACAUGUCACAUGGAACGAUCAAGACCCUCAGAGCACUACGAAACGCCCGAAACAUGCGAUUGACCUGCAGGAAAAGAGGGAUGACGGAAAAACGCCUCAGGGCAAAAAAGUGUCUCAGCUCGUGGAGAAGGUCCAAGAUGCAGGGAGAGGUAAUGCAGAGUGUGAAAAUCCUCAAAACAGAAAGGAAAACGUCUUGGAAGGCGAGGGAAGUGGAGAUUUUAGAGAAGAAGGCAUCUCGGAUAUUACCCAUGAUGAUCAUGAUGAAGUUUUGGAAAAUUCUGGAUGUUUUAAUAGUCCGAGUAGCUUGAAAAAGUCAGUAGAGGAUGCUAGCACAUCAAAGAAGGUUUCAUCAAGCCCUCCGGUCAAAAGAAUGACCGGAAAAGGGCCGUUGGAAAAAGGCGGCCGAACAGAUGAGAUCCCGGCCGAUGGAAAUGAAGAUGGUCCCAGAAGAAGCUCAAAGCUCCCAACGAUCAUAAGAAAACGCCCCGAGGCAGUAAAAGCCUUUAGCUACAGUAGUCCGGCCAAAAAUGUCAAACGCCGCCUAUUUGAAGACCCCAUGGAGAAGGUCGCAAAAAUCCCUAAAAAUUCCGCGGAAAUCUCAACGAAUUUGGUGUCAAAUCGAAGCACAAAUAAUAGAGAAUCGGAUAGUCCGGAAGAGGGCGAGAUUUUGGACGAUUCGGAACAAGAAUUUUCGAAUUUAUCUUGCACUAGACCAACAGGAAAUGACCAAGAAGAAGAUCAAGUUUUGUGCCAUAGAGAAGAGUCCAACAUGUCCGCCACCAUGCAUAGUGAGACGUCGAGGAUGGCCGCGGAGAUUGAACUCAGGCUGGAGAGCGACAAGGAGCAAAUUCCUUCAACUUCCAAGGAUUUCUCGAAACCCCUCCCAAAAAUUGGCCAGAAAAUCGGGGAAAACGGACAAAAUAGUGGAAGUCAAGUGGAUAAUAAUGUGUUUUAUGGUGAGUUUAAAGGUUUAGAGGAUUUUAAAAAAAUUUGAGAAUUAAAAAAAAUUUUUUUUUUGACUGCACUCUGCGAUUUUUUUUGUUGACUGCACUGUGCGAUUUUUUUCGACUGCACUGUGCGAUUUUUUUGACUGCACUGUGCGGUUUUUUUGACUGCACUGUGCGAUCUUUUUUUGACUGCACUGUGCGAUUUGCACUGUGCGAUUUUUUUGACUGCACUGUGCGAUUUUUUUGACUGCACUGUGCGGUUUUUUUGACUGCACUGUGCGAUCUUUUUUUGACUGCACUGUGCGAUUUUUUUGACUGCGCUGUGCAAUUUUUUGACUGCACUGUGCGAUCUUUUUUUUUUUGAUUGCACUGUGCAAUCUUUUUCUAGCUGCACUGUGCGAUCUUUUUUUGACUGCACUGUGCGGUUUUUUUGACUGCACUGUGCGAUUUUUUUGACUGCGCUGUGCAAUUUUUUGACUGCACUGUGCGAUCUUUUUCGACUGCACUGUGCGAUAUUUUUUUGGCUGCACUGUGCGAUUUUUUUUGACGGCACCGUGCGAUCUUUUUUCGUCUGCACUGUGCGGUAUUUUUUGACUGCACUGUGCAGCUUUUUUUUGACUGCACUGUGCGAUUUUUUUGGAUUGCACUGUGCGAUCUUUUUUUAACUGCACUGUGCAAUUUUUUUGAUCGCACUGUGCGAUGUUUUUUUGACUGCACUGUGCGAUAUUUUUUUGGAUGCACUGUGCAGCUUUUUUUUGACUGCACUGUGCGGUUUUUUCGACUGCACUGUGCGAUUUUUUGAGUGCACUGUGCGGUAUUUUUUUGACUGCACUGUGCAAUUUUUUGAGUGCACUGUGCGAUUUUUUUGAUCGCACUGUGCGAAAAUCAAAAUUGGCGAAAAAGCGUCGGAAAAUCGUAUUUUUUAGUCGAUUUUUUGUUGGAAUUUUGCGUAAAGGAAUGUAAGAGAAAAAAAAAUUUGUUAUAGAGAGGGUUUGUUACACGGAGUUGCAAAAAAAAAUUUUUAUUUUUUAAUAAUUUUUUUAAUAAAAUUGUUUAUAGCCAAGCCCUUUGGCGUGUGGUCCAAGAAACCCCGGCGUCCCGAGCAAAUCGAGCGCUGCAUGAGAGGCUUCAACGACCCGAAAAUCGUCACAACAUGGUGCCGAUUGGCGUUGGAAUGCGUGAAAAGAGUGGCGAGAAGGAAGCUGUUCAUGCAUAGAGGAAGAACAAAGGAAUUUAUCGCCGUCAUGAAGGAGAAUAUCAAUGCUGGAGAGGUGAAAAUCAAAAAAAAAUAAAAAAAAAAUUUUUUUGAAAAUUUGAAAAAUUUUUUUUUUGAUAAUUAAAAAAAAAAAUUUUUUUGAAAAUUUGAAAAAAAAAAUUUUUUUUGAAAAUUUGAAAAAAAAAAUUUUUUGAUUUUUUAUGAAAAAAAACUUUUUAAAAUGUAGAUUAGACUUUAAUUAAAAUAUAAAAAAUAUUUUUGGAUUUUCAGAAAUUCGAAAAAUUGAAAAACAUGUUCCCGGAGAAGCUGGACCUGGUCUACUGGAUCAGCUCAAUGCUCGACGAAGCCCACCUCAAAAAGUCUCAAAUUUUGGACGUGGAACGAAGAGAGUGUCGAGAUGCCCUCGACCUGUUUUUACACAUCAAUGUGAGCUUCAAGCCGGCAAAUUUGCAUAUUCAAAUUUUAGAUCUAUUUCACCGGCCAACAGAACACCAUCAUGAUCAGACGCGUGCGAACGGUGAUUGCGGAACGUAAGUGGAAUUUUAAGGAGAUUGGAGAGGAUUUGAGACGGUUUUGUGGCGAUAUAUUACACUUGACAUCAAAAAUUUUAAAAUUUUUUGGAUUUUUUUUUGAAAUUUUCGAAAUUUUUUGAGGUUUUUUGGCUUUUUUGGACAGUUUAGGAGGUUAGAGGAAAUUUUUGGAUGUAUAAAGGUGAUUUCAUGUGAUUUGAGAUAAGAAUAUUAUCCAUGAGAUCAAAAAUUUUUGAAAAAUUUUUGAGAUUUUUUGAAGUUUUGUUAAAUUUUGGUCUUAUUUUGGCCCAUAAACGAAUUGAAAUUGAAACUUAUGAUGUUUGAAGAACAUACGAAGUCAUUUGACAUUAGAAUUUUACUUAUGAAACCGAAAAUUUUUUAAAAAUUUUUGAGAUUUUUUGAAAAUUUUUGCCCAAAAAAUUGGAUUUUUUGAAAAUUUUUUUCUUAUUUUUUAAAAUUUUUAUACUGUUUAGUAAUCACAGUGCACUUUUUUAGACUACAAAAACCCGGAUUCAUUACGAGUGGAGAUCCGAAAAUUACUCGCCGGACUUCAUGAACCCCUCUGGGCCAAGAUAAAACAAUUUUUUCCCGGCGAAUUGUAUCGAGAAAAGUGAGUUUUGAAGUUUAAAAAAUUUUUUGAACCAAAAAAAAGUAAAAGAAAAAUUUUUUUGAAAGUUAUGUUUGUUGCUGAAAACCGAAAUUUUAGUGUCCAAAAUAAUGUCCAUAGAAAAUCUGUGGGCUGAAAAAAAUAGUUCGGGCUUUUUUUUGCCUGAAUUUAACGAUUUUUUGACGGAAUUUUGAUUUUUUUUCAAAAAAAUUAAAAAAAUUUUUUUUUAAAUUUUUCUAAAAAAUCAAAAAAAUCGUUGAUUUAAAAGUCAGAAAUACCCUUUAAAAUAAUAUUUCGCAUUUUUUUUGUCUUAAUUUUCCGAUUUUUUGAAGCAUUUUUUAAUUUUUUCAAAAAAAAAAUAUUAAAAAAUUUAUCGCAAAAAUAAAAAAAAUCGUUGAUUUAAAAGUCAGAAAUAGCCUUAAAAUUAUAUGUCGCAAGCUUUUUUAUUUUAACUUACCGAUUUUUUAAAAGAAUUUUGAUUUUUUUUCAAAUUUUUCCUUUUUAAAAAUUCAAAAUUUUUCCCAAAAAAAUCGGUGUUCCCUCUAAUCUUGCCCUUCCAGAAUCCCCUACCACAAAGCGGAAGUGGUGCCGGUCCGAGUAUUUCUGGCCGCCACCAACCCCCUCUCGCCACGCCCUCAAAAUAUCCGGCCGGAGUUGGUGGACCUGUCGGGCCUGCGGCCGGACCCCGAAUUCCGCCCCAAAAUCCGCAUCCAGAACGGCUGCUUCGCGAAGAGCGAGGGCGACCACCAAUCCUGGAUCAACGUACGCGUCCACAAAGACGAACACAACAUUCUGAAGCGCUACAAACACCUCCUCGACAAGUUCCGACAGUUCAAAAAAGAGGAUGACAAGGAGCUGUUGGAGGCUCUAAAUGCCUCAAAAGCCAACAAAGAAAAGGCCGUGGAGCGGUUCAUGCGGACUCAUAAAGGUAGGCAGCACCUGAUUAUGUAUAUAUUAGAGCCUGGGGCGAAAUUUCGAAAAAAAUUUUUUUUUUUGAAAAUUAAAAAAAAUCGGAUUUUUUUUUAUUUUUUUGCGGAUUUUUCGUAUUUUUUUUUGAAAAUAAAAAUUUUUUUUUGAAUUUUUCGAUUUUUUCGCGGAAUUUUCCGUAUAUUAAGCCUGGGGCGAAAUUUCGAAAAAAUUUUUUUUUGAUUUUUGAAAAAAAAAUGUUUUAAUUUUUCGAUUUUUUCGCGGAAUUUUUGGAUUUUUUUUUUGAAAAUUUUUAAAAAAAUGACGGAUUUUUUUAUUUUAUUUUUUUGAUUUUCGAUAUAUUUUUAAAGAUUAAAAAAAUAAUUUUUGAAUUUUUUUGAAAAUUAAAAAAACUUUUUUUAAAAUUUUUUCGAUUUUUUCGCGUCAAUUUCCGAUUUAUUUUUUAUUUUUUUGAAUUUUUUCGAUACUUUUUGAAAAUUAAAAAAAAUAAUUUCGGAUUUUUUUAUUUUUUUGGAUUUUUCGAUAUAUUUUUUAAAAUAAAAAAAAAUAAUUUUUGAAUUUUUUCGAUUUUUUCUUUGUAUUUUCGGAUUUUUUUUUUUGAUUUUAAAAAAUUUUUUGAUUUUCGAAUUUUUUUUUUCAAAUUUUUUCUUUCAGAAAUGGACAUUGAAGUUGUAAAAAAACGUCUCCAGUACUUGACCGACCUGCUCCAAGAAUAUUACAAGCAACAAAUCGCCAAAAGACAGCAAAUCGAAGCGCCAAAGACCUCAAAAGACAAUUCGUAA